GAAAACGAACAUAACAAUCGUCACAUUCGUCAAAAUCGGACAGCUGUUUCUCAUCGGUCUUGAUCUCCGGCGAAGAAGAAUACGAAUAAGAAGGCGGCGGAGGGAAAUCAGCGGCAGAGAAUGGUGUACGUAAGCACAGCUCCGACGACGGAUGUGAAUCGGAAUACGGAGUGGUUCACGUACCCAGGAGUCUGGACCACUUACAUCUCCAUCCUCUUCUUCUCCUGGCUCAUCUUCCUCUCCGUCUUCGGCUGCUCUCCGGGCAUGGCCUGGACCAUCGUUCAUCUCGCUCAUUUCAUCGUAAUCCCUCUCCUCGGUUUCGACCCUUUUUUGGCGACAUACAAUUUCUUUCACUGGAAGAAGGGUACACCCUUUGCUGAUGACCAGGGAAUCUACAAUAGGUUGACAUGGUGGGAACAGAUAGACAAUGGCAAGCAGCUCACUCGCAACAGGAAGUUUCUGACUGUCAUUCCUGUUGUCUUGUACCUGAUAGCAUCACACACGACGAACUAUGAACAUCCAAUGCUCUUCAUCAACACACUGGCUGUAUGUAUACUGGUGGUGGCUAAAUUCCCGCACAUGCACAAGGUCCGUAUAUUUGGGAUCAAUGCUGACCAGUGAGAAGGUUAGGUUGUCUUGUCUCUCUGAGAGUAAUUUGUAAUGGCGAGGAAGUUCAGCAACAUGUCUGUCUUCACAGGGACAUUGAUUGGAUCCGGGAGAGUAUAUGGUCAUUUCCCUCCUGGUCACUUACUCAUAUGCCCUCUGUUUUUCUCCUUAGAUUCUAUGUAAAAGUAAAAGAAUUUAUAUUCAACUUUAAAGUUGUAAAGCUUGGGAGAACAAUGGAUCGGUGGUUACACAGUGCGUAUAGGUUAAGGAUGGAUGGAUGGAUGCAUUUAGGGAUUUUACUGACAAAAGGGUGUUGCACAUGAA